AUGCGGGGUCCUUGCUUCCUGACCUUCCUCCUCCUCCUGGCGCUGGGCACCUGCUUUCCUCGGCUGAGUGAAAGGAAGCCUCCAGGCGCUGCCGGAGCCGAGCUGGCCUGGGCCUCCCUGGCCGAGGCCCACGGGCCUGGCCUGGUGUGGGCAGACUCCCAGCGGCCAUUGCCACGCCAGCCACGGGCCUUGCUCCGGGUGGCCAAGGAUACACAGGCAUCUGGCAGAGAGCACGCUGGCUUACGCCUGAGGAGGCAGUCUGAAGCAGAGGCCGGCGGCUUCCCGCCCGAGGCCGGUGAGAAGACCAGCACCCUCUUAGGGAACCUGGCGCAGGAGCUCAACAAACUCAGCAGGAAGAAAGGCGGCUUCAACUUCCGCUUCGGCCGGCGGUGA